CGUAGAGCGCUAUAGAUGACGUAAAGCAUUCGUUCACUCGAAAUCCUUCAGGAUAUUUCAGUCGAAGCUGACCUGAACAAGUAUAUCAAUUACAAAGUUCGUACACUGGAAGGCGAGAAUAAGAGAAAUACAGAAUUUCUCCUAGAAAAUUGAAUUCGUUUUAUAUUGGAUCCCCAUUUUGCGGCCAAGAAGGCCUAAAUUCUUAAAAGUUGUUCAACUAUGAAAGGACAUAACACAGUGUCUAGUGCACUGCUGGAACCAUUACAGAAGAUGAAUCCAUUUAAGGAUUCAGGACCUUCAAAUCAUGCUCGACGAGCGAGUAUCUCUUAUGAGGAAGGAGAAGGACGAAGUCACCUUGUUGAUGCGAAAGACAGCGAAGGCCAAACAAUGCGAAUUGGUAGUACGAGACCUAGCAAAACGUCCAACUGGUUAGCUGGUAUGGUUGAAGACAAGAACCAACGAUGGAGAAGAGCCAUGGAGGAUGCUCAUAGCUGUUGGUAUGAUUUUGGCGGUAACCAGGAUGAUGGUUUUAUAGGUGUGUAUGACGGGCAUGCUGGAGCUCAGGCUUCCGACUACUGUAAAAAAGUACUUCACAAAAUUUUAUUGGAGAAGUUGAGAAAAUAUCCCGACCGUCUUGUUACGGAUUUGCUUGAUGAGACCUUUGUUGAGGUAAAUGAUAGCAUCGCGAAAGAAACCAAGAAUGAUGUUUGCGGUUGUACCUCAGCAAUCGCGUUUUUCCGCUAUGAAAAUAAUCGAUCUCGAAGAGUACUGUAUACAGCUAAUGUUGGGGAUGCUCGUGUUGUCCUUUGCCGCGAUGGAAAAGCAAUUCGUCUUUCUUACGAUCACAAAGGAUCCGAUGAGAAUGAGGCUCGCCGAGUCACUCAGUUGGGAGGUGCGAUGGUGCAGAAUCGGAUCAACGGUGUCCUUGCCGUCACAAGGGCUUUAGGUGACACUUACUUGAAAGAACUCGUAAGUGCUCAUCCUUUUACGACAGAGACACGAAUUUGGCCAGGUCAUGAUGAAUUUUUUAUUGUAGCUUGCGAUGGGCUAUGGGAUGUAAUUUCAGAUCAAGAAGCUGUCGAUUUCGUUAGGAAAUUUACCAGCUGCCGCGAGGCCGCCUUAAGACUGGUGGAGCACGCAUUAAAACGACUAAGUACAGAUAAUAUCACUUGCAUUGUUGUGAACUUGACCAGAGCUCCUGGAGAUGUUGACGAACCAGGAGUUAUGGUUGACUCUAAUAAUGAUUAUAGCAAUGAUUAUUAUUAAAUUGCGUUUUCUGGAUGCGUAUGCAUUCUCUUUCGGCUUUACAUUUUUGAUAAAUUCUAUCGGAUCGAAGUGGAAUUAUAAAAAAUUCAACGAUUCAGGGGUUGGGAAUCUUUACAAAGGUUAUGUUGAAAAAGGAAACUGCAUCAUUGAAGCUAUCAUGUUGUUACAGGCUAUUCGUUUUAAUUAUUUAUGUGUAUUUUGGAACUUUUUCUUUUUAUGUUCCUUGUUUUAUCUAAAAAUUGACUUGACAUAAUGACCAUUAGAGAUGUUUGAAUCCCUUUUUUAAAUAACCCAUCCUAUGUUGUUACAUAUAGCAUACCCUCUUCCUAUGCACUAUGUUAUAUAUUAUUUUUUGAAUGAAGUUGUUCAAAACUCCAAACAUCAACUUGCCCAUCUUAAUCGUAGUUCAUAGGCGGCUCUUAGAAAGGAUAAAAUUAGAUGUCAAUAUGUGGGAACAAAACUAACCAAACCAAUCUUGCAUUCAACCGUAUUUAUUUUAAUUUAUUACAUAUAAACAAGC